AUGAACUUUUUUGACCCUAUAUUGAUUAAAAUAAUAAAUAUAUUAUCAAAAUCAUAUACUAGUGUUUCAGCUAUACUAAAGAAUUGCAAUUUGUUGCAACAACAUUGAAAAUAUAAAGCAUUUUUUAAAUUCAGCUUUCAAUCUCAUAAGGCAAUCAUCAGCCAAACUUUUGGCCCGCCAUUAAUAAUGGAUGGACAGUUCCAUACAAAUAGAAAGAAAUUACCAAAUUUUUUCUCAGCUAUUAUCAAGAGAUUUAAAUCAAAAAGAAAACAAAGGCCAAAUUCACUAAAACUAUCAAAAAAGGAGCAAGAGCUCUACACUUUAAGCAAAUACACGAUGCUUCCAGAAACUGAAGACCCAACAAAUGAAUCACCAAACAAAAACAUUAAAGAUCUUUUAUAUUUAGGCCUGAUCCAAGAAAUGACAUUUUACAGUUCGAGUUUCAGCGUAAAAGAAGACGCAUUCGAGAGCUAUCGGGAAGCAUUUCUAAAUUUCCCAUCAAAUGGCAAAUUAAUUCUCCCACACACAAGAAGUGCAAAUCGACCAGAAAAAUCUUAA